AUGUCGCAGCCGAAUCAUUCGAAUCCGAAUCCACAAGUGUCGCAGGGUAAUAUUCAGUACGUUUCACAAAAUCAGGUGAACACGACAAUCCGCAAUGUGCAGCCGGUUACGUCGAUGACAACUCCUAGCACUGGGCCGACACAAAUGGUGUACAUGACGAAUCCGACAAACGCGCGGCUAGUGCAGCCAGGCGGCCAAAUGGUCCGAAUCGUGCGCCCGAACUACCCGAUGAGCCGCCCGAUUCAACGCCCCUAUACUUCACAAGGACAAUCAAUCGUCAACAGCGAGGAAACCACCAAGCUAAUGCCCAAAUCAAAGAUGCAGGCGCUCGCACGCGACGUUGAGCAAAACUCAAUCCUGGAAGACGACGUCAUGGAGCUGCUCCAUCGCCUGGCAGAAGACUUCGUCGAAAACGUCGUUUCCGGAUCGUGCACUUUGGCCAAGCAUAGACGCUGCACUACACUAGAUGUUCAAGACGUAAAAUUAGCUUUGUACAAAAACUGGCAAAUGCAAAUCCCAGGCUUCACAGUCGAGGAUUCCAAAAAUCGAAAGAGCACCGGCGAGGCGCACAAGCAACGCAUGCAGCUCAUCCGCAAGACUCUGAAAAGAUGA